AACCCCACCGACCAGGUGGGUGGUUGGGUGGUUUAUGACAGAAAACUAUGAUGGUUGCUUCUUGCCCUUCCUCGAAUAUGAAGACAUUUUGGAUAAAAUACCCGCGUGCUUCAUGCCUGGUUCUAGCUAUAUAAUCCAGUUCCUGCCUGGCUCAAUCUGAGACGAGGAUGAAACAUGGUGAUUGUGGGACAUUUGGCCUUCAACCGUGGUGGUAUUAAGUUUGACUGUUAAGUCAGGAUUAGGAAACUAGCUUAAGUAAAAUAUCUCUGCAUUUCUUUCUUCUAUCCAUUAAUUUGAAGACAAAGGCUGCAGAGAGCCAUAGACAGUGGACAGUCGGUUGGAUUGUAGAACCCAAGAGAUGGAUUCCAUUUCCAGCCAGAGUAGCAAGGAUAAGAAGAAAACAGUGAUGCACUCCAUGCUGCUCUGCUGUAAACUUUAUAUAUCUGAAGCACGAAAUGCCGAAGCUCUUGAUUCCAUCGAACGUGCAGCUAAACGUGAUCCAGAAACUGUUAUCGUCAACAAAUUUGAGGAUCGUGAUUACAAUAGAGUCUGCUACACACUUGUCUCAUAUGUUGUCCAUGAUAGCACUGGCUGUCCAAUUUACAGCCCCUUGCAGCAGAGUGUAGUAGCCAUGGCUGAAGCUGCUUAUGAAGCCAUAAACCUUGAGCAGCACUUAGGGACACAUCCUCGUCUUGGCGUCAUGGAUGACAUUCUCUGCCACCCAUUAGCUCGAGCUUCACUGGAUGAGGCAGCUUGGCUGGCUCAAAAAGUUGCAGCUGAAAUUGGAAAUCGAUUUCAAGUACCGGUAUAUCUAUAUGGGGCAGCAAAUCCAACAGGAAAGGCUUUGGACACCAUAAGGCGAGAGCUGGGCUACUUUCGUCCAAAUAACGGCCACCACUGGGUUGGCUGGACACAGCCACAAGUCCUUCCAGAAAAGCCGAAUGAAGGUCCAGAAGUGGUCACCAGUGCGAGGGGCAUUAGCAUGAUAGGUGCACGGCCAUGGAUUGCCAUGUACAACAUACCAGUCAUGUCCACAGAUGUAUCAGCAGCUCGACGGAUCGCACUGAUGGUCAGUGCUCGAGGAGGGGGGUUGCCUACUGUGCAAACUUUAGGCCUGGUUCAUGGUGAGGACUCAACUGAGAUAGCAUGCAUGCUACCGGAGCCAAACCAGAUUGGUGCAGACCGAGUCCAAAACCAUGUUGAGAAGCUAGCAGCACAAGAACGCCUAGAUGUAGAGCAGGGAUACUUCACGGAUAUCCCUCCACAGAUGAUUACUGAGAGAUACAGAAAAUUGAUAAAUGCUGAUUCAGAUUGAUCACUUGAGGCUCCUUCUGGUGCAUGAUUGUUGAUGACCUGACCCUCUUGAAACGUACAUUGAAGUUCUACAAAAUGUAGAUGAAUGAUCAUUGUGGUAAUUCUAUCCAAGCCAUGAUAAAAUAAGUAGUACAUGCUUCUCUGUUAGAGCUGAAUUCUUUAGUUCUUUCCACCAAUUUCUGCUUCCUUUUAUUUCAA